AUGAUGUCUGGCUGCCGAGAAUUGGGUUUGGAGAAAGAUUCAGAGCGGCUGAAGAGAGGUUCUGUGCUCUUGGCAGGACCAAAAUGCCAAAGUGACCGGGACCUGGCAAGUUUCACUCAGAAUUCAAGGCAAACAGUUCUGACAUGCAUGGCCUGUGUUUUCUUUGUAACCGAGUUGCCAAGGGCGCCAUGUUCUGUGAUGAGCAGGGUUGGACCCAACCAUCCAACCUACACGAAGCACUUGCUCAUUUCCGAGCAUGUUCUUUGCGAUGGAGAAUCAGAGCAGUUCGAAGAACUGCAGGAAUGGAUGCAAGCCCUCAGGGCCCGGAUUGCCAACAGCGUUAGAGCCUAG